AUGUCACUUUACAGAGGUGAAGUGGCAAAGUUAAGCAAAAAGCCGCCAAUUAUAUCAAGCGGCUCCCGGUACCAGCUCUUUCCACAUGACUGUAUUCAACGUAGGACGAUUCGAACCGUCGACAACGAAAACCUUUCCGAGCGGUUUGAUCCCUUGGCGUUGCGUAGAGACUUGCGGUCUCUCUGCAUGUUCUACCAGAUUUAUCAUGGCAGCAGCAUGGCAUGGAAUGGCAUGGCAUUGCAGAGGAGUUGUAUGGAUUUAUAA